AAUUGAUAUGCUUCUUUACUCUCUUAAAAACAACAUGAUCGAUGGACACGUCAGGCUUCCGCCAGACUAGAACCCAUUUAGCACCUGUUCCUGGACUAAGGUGUAUGUAUACACGCGCUUCAUUAAAAUGUAGGAAAGAAAAAGAAAAAGAAAUAUGAACCAGAUGAGAAAAGUAUGUGUAUUAGUAAUUGAUUAAAACGAUGUAGCUACUAUAUUUUAAGAAAAAAAAUAUGUUUUUAAUGAGCUUAUUUUUUAAUGUUUCUUUUUCUUCUUUAUUCAAGGUCAUUAAUUUAUAAUUGAUAAUAAUGAUGAUGACGAUGAUACAUAGUUUUAUAUUCAUACUUAUUCUUUUAUCAGUAUCAUAUAUAUCUUGUGAUCCUAUUGAAUUAUCCGAGAUAAUUAUUCCUGAACAUACACCAAGUGGCCAUUUAUUAUUAACAUUAAAUUCUUCAUCAACAAAACAAAAAUAUUCAUAUCGUUUUGUUAGUAAUAAUAAUCGUGAACUUCAACAAUAUUUUUCUUUAAAUUCAUCCACUGGUCAAUUACAUAUUAUUAAUGAUAUCGAUCGUGAAAAACUUUGUACACAUCGAUAUACAAAAUGUAAAUUUUUAUUAAAAAUUUUCGAAUUAUUUCAUGAAACACUUUAUCAUAUACCAAUAUUAAUCGAUGAUGUUAAUGAUCAUCAACCAAUAUUUCCUUAUGAAUCAAAAUUAAUUCAAUUACAUAUAUCAGAAAAUUCUCCACCAUAUCAAUCAAAAUUAUUUAUUCAACAAGCAUAUGAUCAAGAUCAAAUUGAUAAUCAAAAACAAUUACAAUAUCAACUAAAAGAUAUCGAUAAAACAUUUCCAUUUCGUCUUGAAACUAAUGUUGAUGUAUCAAAUCGUUUAGCACUUGUUCUUAUUCAACCACUUGAUCGUGAACGCAUUGAUUCAUAUAAUUGUACAUUACAUGUUAUUGAUACUGCUGGACAUUACGAACAAUUACAUAUAACAAUUAUUAUCGAUGAUGUCAAUGAUCAAUCACCAAUUUUCGAAAGUGAUACAUAUUCAGUUGAAUUAUCUGAAAGUACUUCAAUAAAUACAACUAUUCUUCAAGUUCAAGCUCAUGAUGCUGAUAUUGGUUUAAAUGGAGAAUUAACUUAUGAUUUUACUGAUGCUUCAAAACAAUUUUCUAAUACAUUUUCAAUUGAUAAAUAUUCAGGUCUUAUCUAUCUUCAUUCAUCACUUGAUUAUGAACAACGAUCAUCCUAUAUAUUCUACAUUCAAGCACGUGAUUCAGGUAAAGAACCACGUUCAUCUCAAACAUUAGUUAAUAUAACUAUAUUGGAUGAAAAUGAUUGUUCACCCAAGAUAAAUUUUCGUUUUCUACCUGAAAUAACUUAUAAUCCAUCGAAAGAUCUUAUUGAAAUAUCUGAAACAUAUCCCAUUGAUAAAUUUUUUGCACAAAUUAUUGUUACAGAUGAUGAUAGUAGUUAUCGUGGACAAACACGUUUAUGGUUUGAAAUUAUUGAUGAACAUAAAGAUAAUGAUCAAUUAUUUUAUUUAUAUCAAAUUGAUAAUUCAACCUAUUUUUUUAAUCGAACAAAACAAUUUGAUUAUGAAUUACAACAAUGGCAUCGUUUAAUAUUUUAUGCACAAGAUUUUGAUCCGAAAAAACCAUUACAAACAAGUCAAAUAUUAACAAUACAUGUUUUAGAUGAAAAUGAUAACGAACCAAAAUUUAUUCAUUCAUUUUAUCAUUUAAAAAUCGAUGAAAAUAAUGAAGAAAAUACUUUUCUUGCACAAAUACAAGCAUUCGAUCCUGAUAGUGGAGAAAACGGUCGUUUAACUUAUGAAAUUUUAACAAAUGAAACUUCAUUUCCUUUCUAUAUCAAUGAAAAUACUGGUAUGCUCUAUUGUUCCAAAUCAUUAGAUCGAGAAAAACGUGAUCGUUAUGAUUUUUAUAUUGUUGCACAUGAUCAUGGUUCUCCUAUAAGUUUAUCAUCAAAAGUUCAUACUCGAAUUGAUAUCAAUGAUUUAAAUGAUAAUAAACCAAAAUUUAUCCAUGAUAAAUAUGAAUUUUCAAUUGAAGAAAAUUCGAAUCCUUUAGAACCAAUUGGUUUUAUUCGUGCAUAUGAUUAUGAUUUGAAUAACAAAUUAAUUUAUUUAAUUGAAAAUGAAAAUGAAUCGAAAUAUCCAUUUCAAAUCAAUCAAAAUGGUGAAUUAACAGCUCGAUAUUCAAUUGAUCGAGAAAUUCAAGAUGUAUAUAUAUUUAAUGUGACAGUUACAGAUGGUUUUUAUACAACAACUGUACCUGUUACAAUAAAAAUCUUAGAUAUAAAUGAUUGCGUACCACAAUGGAAGAAACCACAAGAAAAUGAUACAGUUGUAAUUAUGAAUAAAGAUCGAAUAACUAUUGGAACAACAAUAAUAACAUUUGAAGCUAUUGAUGAUGAUGAUAAAACAAAUGGAAAUGGUUUAAUUAGUUAUUCGAUUAAAGAAAUUCAACCAUUAGAAAAUGAUUUUUUAACUUUAUUAAAUACUGGUGAAUUAAUUUUAAAUUCAACACCAUUAUCUAAACGUUAUCGUUUAUUAAUAUGUGCACAAGAUAAUGGAAAAUUUAUUCAACAUUCAUCAUUUAUACAAUUCUAUUUAUUAAUUAGUGAUAAUAAUACAAACGGAAGUAGUUUAUUCAAUGAAUUUAAUCAUAAAGAUUCGUUAUUAAAAAUAAAUUCAUUAUCAACAACAAAACGUGUAUUAUUAUUAACGACAAUUUUUAUUUCACUUGCUAUUAUUCUUGGUUUUAUUGUAUGUAUUAUAUUAAUACUUAUAUGUCGAUAUCGACGACAAAAAUAUUUAUAUUAUAUUAAAUGUAAAGCUGCACAAGCAGUUGUAAAUAAUAGUAAUCAUUCACAUGAUGCAACAAUGAUUAUUGUUGAAAAUCGUUUAACAAAUUUUGAUGAAAAAAAUUCAAGUUCAAAUUCAUCAAAAUUAAGUUUGGAAAAUCUUCAUCAAAAACGUCUUAUCGAUCAUUCGUCAUCGCCAUCUUAUACAGGUGCAAAUAUCUAUACACAAAAUCAUCAUCAUAAUGAAGUGUCAUCAACAAUAAAACUAAAUCAAACAACUAGUGACUAUUAUAGUAAUAGUAGUAAACAUGAAGAAGAUGUUGAUGAAUGGACUGAUGAACAACAACAACAAAAAUCAGUUGUUGAUAAUAAUAAUCCAUGGUCAAUAGAAAAAAUUCUUUAUCCAGAUUGGUUAUAUAAAGGUUCAAAAACAACACCAACAACAAAAAAGAAUUUUAAUACAUCAACAUUUAUUGAUAUUAAUUCUUAUCGAACAUUUGAAAUAAAUGGAAGUACAACAAGUAGUUGUAGUAAUGGAAGACGAACAAUGUCGUCUUCGUUAACAUCAAAUGGUCAACCAUCACCGAAACAAGUUCGAUUUGGUUGUCAACAACAGAUUGUUGAACAAACACGUUCAUAUCCUCAUUUAAGUACAACUAUUCGGCAAUUGAGAGCAGGUACAACUACAACUGUCUUACAAAAUGAUGCACAUGAUACAUUUAUUUAA